CGAAACUUCAAGAACGGGACGAGCAUGUUGCGCCACGCCGCCGCAGUCCGCCAUCGAUUGACCCAGACGCUGGCUUCGCCGCAACCGCUUCAGAGGGAUCCCCUGUCGAUCCUCAAGACGAUCGCCGAUGCUGUCCCUUCGUCAUUGAUGAAGAUGACCUCGGCAGACUGGCUGCUUCGACUGACAGUCAUGGCACGACACAACUCGUCGCGGCCGCCGUCAACCACCCAGUCCCCUUCGACAUUGCGUGGUGUAUUGCAGUCCUCAAUGAAGCUUGAAGAGAGUGCUUUUCUGAAGGAAUUGCAGUACUACGUGCGUGUCUGCGAUGCCGUCUACGCUUCGACCCAAGAGCGCUUCAUGAAGGACAGUCUCUUGGCCGACUCGAACGUGACGAUCGUGCAGUCGCACCAAGGCGGGGUGUUCGCGCCAAAGUACUACGUAUAUGUCGACCACGACAUACAGACCAUCGUGCUGGUGAUCCGGGGCAGCGCCAGCAUCCAGGACUUUGUCACAGAUAUGUGCAUGCACCAUGAGCCCUUUCAAACCGGCUACGGCCACCGUGGGAUUGUCCACGCUGCCAAUUGGCUGGACUGGAAGCUCCGCGACGACAUGAUCAAACUCGCCGCCACCCAUCCCACGUACGACGUCCGACUCACCGGCCACAGCCUCGGCGCCGGCGCUGCGGCGCUCUUGGCGCAUCUGUGGUCGCCUGUGAUUCCCCGCAUGCACUGCCUUGUCUUCGCCCCGCCAGCAUGUUUAACCCUCGACUUGGCGCAGACGUGCCGAGGCCAUGUGACUAGCGUCAUCCUUGGCGACGACUGCGUGCCACGACUGAGUGGGGCCAACCUUGUCGCAUUGCUGGAUGAGGUGGAGCAUUUUGAAAUGUCGUCGGCGUUAAAGACGAUGGUGACCGAGGAACUUCAAGCCAAAGCCAAACAAACCGAGCAAAGCGCGGGCGUCCGGCACAUUCGCCACGCCUUGGGGCGUGUGGAAAGGCUGAAACAGACGGCUUCGCAGAACUGGACGACAAAGCUCUCGUCUAUAUCGCCUCCGUCCGUGGACACGUUGUCGUGGCUACAAGACAAGCCAUUUGCGACUGAAUUGAAGCAACUAUGGAAGCAACUCGACAAGCGCGGGGACGAAACUACACUAAAAAGAGUGGACAAAGGCAGCUGGCUAGAAGACAAACCGUUUGUGCAAGAGCUGAAGAUGUUGUGGGAGCAAGUAGACUCGCAUCUGGGUCGAACCCAGCAAUUUUUAUCGCUGGACCCGACGCAAUGGCCGCGGGUGUCGGCGUGGCCGUUCCAGGUGACCGCCCAAGAGCAGUUUGAAUGGCGCCAGCGCAUGGAUUUUGUGUCGUCCAUGCCAAACAAUUCGUCUUCCAAGAAACUCAUGUCGUUGUGGGGCAAGUUGGACGUGAAUGUGGUGGCUAUCGAAGGGCUGCUUCGCUUCGUCAACGACCCAGAGCGCAAGCGUCAGCUGGUUGGCCAGAUCGAAGGGCUGCUGCGCGAGAUUUCCACCACCCGAUCAAUGUUUACCAACUUGGCGCCGGUGUUGGAUCCAAUGUCGAAUCGACUGUAUGAACUGCUCAUGGCGACAAAGCACACACUCGAAAAAACCAAUGUGGUGAUUCCCAUGACCAACAAUUUCAAAUCACCAGCGAAUAUCGACCCAGCCAAGUAACGUUUGCACUCACAUUACUAUACACAACUAGUAGACAAACACUCGUUCCGAUCUAGGGAACCGAAGCCAACUGCUUCGUCGCCCGUGCUGCAAAACAAAAUUCUGUCCAUGGUCGAUGGUAUCUGCGCCGAAUUGCGCCGUGAAAUCGAUUCGAUCCUGGAGCUGGGCAAGUCUUCCGUCAGUGGGGAUAACCAAGCCAACCAGCGUCAAGUCGACGACGAGCUACAGGGCAUGGCCCCAGUGUUCCCACCUGGCAAUAUAGUUGUCCUUGACACUGUACGUUCCUGCUCAUGAUAUUCGAUGGACAGCAAGAAAUGAUAAGUCGUUGAUCAACUAGUCGGGAGCCCACCCAGCGCUGACGCAAGUGUCGGACGUGAACACGUAUUUCAACCGGAUCAUUGUUUCGAAUGACAUGAUUGGGGACCAUUUGAGCUCGACGUACGACGACGUGAUUCGAAGCAUGCUCCAAGUGCGCGAAGAACAAGGCAAAGAUCAUAGCACCUUCAAGGCGGAGUAAAAACGCAAGAUAGAACAGUAAUCAAAUGCCAUACAAAUCAGUCGCAGAAUUGAAUUCAGUGUCAUACACAGGCAGCAGCAGCAUUCGCGCUACAGUCCUUACUAGCUGGACAUAUAUUGUCCGUCGAUCAUUAAACUGAACUAUAUACAGUCGAGUAUGAUGCAUCGUUUGCCUGGAUGACUG